GAUCAGUUUGGCAGAGACCGCCUUUUUCUUUUCCUUUAUUUUUUUGCCCGUCUUGCUUGGAAAAGAAUACCCAGAGUCUCCAGGUUCAAGGCAGCUGCUCAAUUAUUCCAUUAUAAUCUAGGGCCUGCAGUCUUUGAUUCCAAACAACCUCGUCAAGCCACCCCGCACAAAAAGCCGUUUCUUUCUCUUCCGAAUUGCACCAAACCUCUAUCAUACAUAAUCAUGUGUUUCAUUGACACUACGAAAGACCUGGCAGCGCUCUUUGAGCAGCAGGCCCAAGCUACACCAGACGCAAUUGCCCUCGAGGACGAGAAGCGAACCCUCACAUACGCACAGCUCGACAGCGAAACAUGGGCACUUGCAGACCGACUGCGAGACCACGGCGUGGGCAGAGACUCUCUUGUCGGCAUUCUUAUGAGCCGUAGUGCGGAUAAUGUCAUUGCGUCUGUGGCAGCUUUGCGAGCUGGUGGUGCUUUUCUGGUGCUUGAAGUCGCAUACCCUUCUACUUUGCUGCGAGACGUCAUCAAUGAUGCCCAGCCUGCUGUUAUUGUGACACAGAUGGCCCAUGCUGGGAAUAUAAAGGCUGAUGUGCCAGUAAUUAUGAUUGACCAGCCAGAGGGCUACACAAAUGGCCAUGCUCAGGCACCCGUGGUGGACGCUAAGCCCCCAUUGCCUGCAGACGACGAUCUCGAGCGAUUGGCCUUUGUUUCCUAUUCUUCUGGAACAACAGGACAGCCAAAGGGAAUUGCCAACCCCCACCGUGCCGCAGUAUACUCGUAUAAUGCCCGAUUCGGUCUCAGAGAUUUGCUCCCCGGAGACCGUGUUGCCUGCAACGUCUUCUUUGUCUGGGAGAUGCUCCGCCCACUGCUCCGAGGAGCCACCACCGUUGCUGUACCAGACAGCGCAAGCUACGACCCAAUUGCUCUUGUACAGUACUUGAGCGAUCGCAAAAUCACCGAUACCCUCAUGACACCCACUCUCCUGACAACUGUUCUUUCUCGACACCCCGAUCUUGGCAAGAAGCUGCCCGAUUUGAAAUCUCUCUGGCUCAACGGCGAAGUCGUCACCACUGAUCUUUGCAGACGAGCUACACAGGCUCUGCCCAACACCCGCCUGCUAAAUGUGUACAGCGCAAGCGAAACCCAUGAAUCCGCAAUGGGCGACAUCAACUGCUUUGCGAACCAAGAAGCCCGCGUCUGUCCGGUUGGCCCUCCCUCCGACCCUGACCACACUUAUAUCCUUGACGAGGCCGGCAACAGAGUCAACAUUGGCGACAGCGGCGAACUAUACGUUGGUGGAGAUUUUCUGGCUAGAGGGUACCUCAACUUGCCUGAGACGACGGCAAAGGCCUUCCAGUCGGAUCCCUUUGAGAAGACGCCCGGUGCGAGAAUGUACCGAACUGGUGAUCUCGCACGUCUGCUUCCUUCUGGCCACCUUGAAAUUACGGGUAGAGUGGGUGGCAUGAUCAAAACAAGAGGUUACACUGUCCAGCCUGGUGCUGUCGAAACCGCCAUUGUCAAGCACUUGGCUGUCCGCGACUGCGCUGUCAUUGCCCACGGCGAAGGUCUACAGCGCCAAUUGGUAGCUUACGUGGUUUUGGAUAAGAGUGAGACAAGAGACCGUACCAUUGUCGUUAUGGAUGAGAAUGGCUACAGUCCCGUCGCCCGCCGCGCAUUGUCUGACCAUCUAGCUCAAUACAUGAUCCCCCCUCUGUGGGUUGAGCUUGACGAGCUGCCUACGCACGGAGUUUCUGGAAAGACAGAUUUGAAGGCUUUGCCUCCACCUCCAUCACCAAAGACUCCACCAAAUGAGAAGAAGGCGGACACAAACGUCAAGAUUAAGAUGGAGGCAAUUAUUCGCAUGUGGGCUGCAUCGCUAAACAUGCCAGCGAGUGCUAUUGAUACCAAGCUUGACUUUUUCGACCUGGGCGGCCACUCCUUGAGUCUGGCAGACCUGGCUAGCAGACUCUCCAAGGCUUUUGGAUUCCCUGUUCCCUUGGGACCCCUUGCUGGUACGCCGACUCUCGAGGGUCACUUGGAAGCUGUCAAGGCAGCUCGCGAUGGACACACAGAAGCAGUUCAAGCUGAUCUUCCUGCUGUCCUGCGCGCCGACUGCCGUCUUCCAGACGAGAUUCAAUCCACUAGUGCCCGAAUGUGUCGUCUAUCCGAUGCCGACACUGUGCUUUUGACCGGCGCAACUGGAUAUCUCGGAGGCUUUUUGCUCAAGUCCAUCAUCGAAUCGACCUCGGCGCACAUUAUCUGCUUGGUUCGAUUUACAGAGCCCUCGGAAGAGUGCAAGCCAGCCGGUAUUGCGCGUGUCCGAAAAAAUCUCAUUGACUUGGGAAUUUGGGAUGAUUCUAUGCUGGAGAGAUUUGAAAUCUUCCCUGGUAACCUGGCCAGGAAGCGACUAGGUCUCUCUCCCGAAUCAUUUGACGAGCUCGCUACAAGAGUCGACGUCAUCAUCCACGCAGCCGCCACUGUCAACUUGGUAUACCCCUACGCCGCGCUGAGAAAUGCAAACGUUGGCGGUACACGAGAGAUUCUUCGCCUGGCCUCUCGCACCGGUGCUACUGUCCACCACAUCUCUACCAAUGGUGUUCUGCCCCCGUCUGCCGAAGGCUGGCCUGAAGAGAAAAUGGUGGACGUUGACUCGGUACCGCACAAGCUGCUCGAUGGCUACGGCCAGACGAAGUGGGUUGCUGAGAAGCUGGUCUACGAAGCUGGACGACGCGGUCUGCCUGUUAAGGUCUACCGCCCUGGUACUAUUAGCGGUCACUCGGUUACCGGCUCGACCAACACCUACGAUUUGCUUAAUGCUCUCAUUGUAGAAUCGCUGCAACUAGGAUGCGCUCCCGAUGUGAAGGACUGGGUUGCGGAGAUGACCCCCGUCGAUUUCGUCAGCAAGGCUAUCAUCACGCUCGCCAACCAUACCGGUACGAACCAGUCCGUCUACCAUCUUGGUGACCCCAAGCCCAUCAAUGCUAGCCAAAUCUUUGACUACCUUGAACAGCUUGGCUACAAGACCACUCGCCUUCCAUGGGACCAGUGGGUGUCGUUGUGGAAUGAGAAGAGGGGCGGCGGCAAGGCCGGAGACGAGCCAUUCACUGUUGAUAUUCUACGUGGAGGUAUGCCCACAGAAGAGGUGCUCAAGUCUGUCAUUGUCGUCAAGACAGAUGCGACACAGCCCGCAUUGGACACCUAUGGUGUUCGCCGACCUGCAAUUGACGCCACGCUCUGGGAGACAUAUGCUCGCCACUUCUACGCUAGAGGUUGGCUGCCUCAGCCUCCGAAGCGCCUCCAGGCCAAUGGUAUCUGCAUCCGAAGUAAGGGUCGUUUGUCUGGCAAGGUUGCCGUCGUCACUGGCGCAUCGUCAGGAAUUGGUGCCGCUGUUGCUGCUGCAUUGGCUAAAGAAGGUGCGCACGUUGCCCUGGCUGCUAGACGAACGGAUGCUCUGAAGAAGAUCAAGGCAAAGCUGGCGGGCUACGGAACCAAGGUUUUGAUUCAAAAGACAGAUGUCACCAAGAAGGCUGAUGUAGAAAAUCUCAUGACCACGACAGAGGAGGAACUUGGCCCUGUUGAUAUCCUUGUGAGCUGCGCGGGUGUCAUGUACUUUACUAUGAUGGCCAACAACCAGACUGAUGAGUGGGAGCGCACUGUCGACGUCAACUGCAAGGGUCUUUUGCACUGCCUGUCGUCGACCGUUCCAGGCAUGCUCAAGAGAGGCAGCGGCCAUAUUGUUGCCAUCUCAUCCGAUGCCGGAAGAAAGGUAUUCCCAGGACUAGGCGUCUACUCUGCCAGCAAGUUCUUUGUCGAAGCUACGCUGCAGAGCUUGCGCCUUGAGACGGUUGGAUCUGGCCUGAGAGUCACUUCUGUUCAGCCUGGCAACACAAUGACAGAACUUCUCGGCAUGUCUACGGAUGCGGAAGCUAUUAAGAAGUAUGGUGAGCCCACUGGAGCCAAGGUUUUGGAUCCUGAGGAUGUGGCUGCCUCUAUUAUCUAUGCGGUCUGCCAGCCGCAGCACGUUGCAGUGAAUGAAGUAUUGAUUGAGCCUCGUGACGAGCCUAUUUAAGCUAAAAGAAAUAUGAGCGGAAAAGAGAUGGUAUGAUAUUGACGAGUUAGAAUAGUAUAUAAAAUAAUCAUUAU